GACGAUUCGACGAGCGCGCGUCGCACACGUCGACGACGACGUCGACGACGACGGCGAUGCCGACGGCGACGACGACGACGGCGUCGGCGACGGACGGGACGGCGGCGAAACGACGCGAGGGGGCGAAGACGACGAAGAAGACGACGGGGAAGGCGACGACGACGGGGCAGGCGACGACGGCGCGUCGCGACGACGACGCGACGACGACGGCGACGACGACGACGGCGACGGCGACGGCGACGACGACGAAGAAGAAGACGCGAAACGGCGCGAAGAGGGACGGUGGCGUCGGUGGGGACGCGGUGAAGACGGAUUGGGCGAACGACGCGAUGGGCGACGAUCCGCGCGUCGAGGCGAAGGCGAAGGCGAACGCGCCGGCGAAGAACGGGAAGAAGACGCGCGGGAAGACGACGGCGACGGCGGCGACGACGACGCCGAAGAAGAAGGAGGCGAACGGGACGACGACGACGACGACGACGACGGGGAUGGUGAAGAAGGCGCGAACGCCGCGAGCGGAGCGAGGGGCGCCUCGCGCGGCGGCGCCGGCGGCGAAAUCGGCGACGCCGACGCGCGCGCCCGCGGUGGGACCGCCGAUGACGAUCACGCGGGGGGAGAGCGUGCAGAAGUGGUCGAACUCGACCACGCGCGCGGCUUUGCGCGUGGAGGCGUCGAUUCGGGAUUGGAUUCGCGCCGACGGCGGGCGCGAGCUCGCGCGCGAGCUGCAAGAGGCGCUCUCCUGCGGCGACGGUCACGUGACGAUGCAGGUGUGCGAAGAAAGCGGGUCAGGCGCGCUUUUCGUGGGCUUACACUGCGGCGAAGCAAAGUUUGCGCACGCCCUGCAACGCGUGCACGCUCUGGUGGAAGUGAAGCUCGACGACUGCGUGCGCAUUCGUCGACGCACGGGCGUGGCGGAUAUGCUGGAAAACGAACGAAUGAAAAUCCAGGCGGAAAUCGACGCCGGACUUCGUUGCGAAUUCACGCUCGGGUACAAGGCGAUGCAAGACUUGCUGCUCGACGGCGGCGAUAAGCUGAAUCAAGUCAAGGAGGUGUGCGACGUCGAGCGCGUCGUCGUCGAUCCUCGAAAGCGCACGAUUCGCAUCGUCGGCGCGGACGCCGCCGAAGUGUCUCGAGCGAGAGACAUGCUCGAAGUCGCGUACGAAAGCAUCGAAGACGUGCCAGAGUUGGCGUUGCGCAUGAUCAUCGGUAAAGGUGGCGCCAAAGUGAACGACAUUCAGCAGCGUACCGGAGCAAACAUCAAGGUGGACUGGGACAAAAGCGCCGUCUUCAUUCGCGGACCGCCGUCGGCGGUCAAGUCGGCGAUGAUUCUCGUCAAGUCGUGCAUCAAGACGUACGAAGUGGAACAUGUCGAAGUGACGUACGACCAACUCGACGAAGUUCGCGGCGAGCUCGCGCGUUUGGACAUGGAAUGGGGCGGAAGCCCGGUGCACUACGUCCAAGGCGGUCGCGGCGGCGGUCGCGGCGGCGGUCGCGGCGGCGGUCGCGGUCGUCGAAACGAUCGUUCCUCCACGGCGGCGUAACAAAUAUCAUUGUGUUACCCUAAACCCUAAAUAUCCGGU